CACGUCCUGUCGCGGGGGUCUACAUGUGCAUUGUGCAAGUUUUCAUUGAGUGUGGAAAUCCAGCUACGCUGCAGAUAUUUUGUCGAAAAGUUUGCUAUCCUGCUGUCAGCUGGAAGGGAACAGUUGUGUAGUGGAUAACGUCGGAGCUUGUGUGUUGUGAGUUUCUGCAGUCUAAAAUAUUAUGACAGUUGAUUAGGGCCUGUGAAAAUGUUACUGUUUCGUAUUACUGAAAUUUUGUGCUUCGCUGCAGUGCUCUCGGCCGAUAAUACUCCACUAACAACAGAGAAGCCCAACAGUUUGCAACAGGAUGCAUCUAAAACAGAUGUGUACGAUAUAACUGGGCUUUUUGAGCCCAAUGCAAAAUCUGUAAAUGGCUCUAAACAAAACUUUGAACAUCGUGCGAUUGCCUUAGAAGGAGGUUCGUCUGUGAUUGCCAACGAUACAAUAGUUUCAGAAUCGAAGAGACCGAAGGAAUUGGUUCAAAAAACCAUUUCAGAACAAACUUUGUUUGACAAUGGUACUGGUGUAACUCCAAAUCAUUCUAAUAAUUUCCAUGAAGCUAUUCAAACCGAAGGUGGAUUACUGGAGAUACCUGUAAGUACAGCAGCAGCUGGCGAAACCACCAAACUGGUACCGAGUGAAGCAACUGAUUUUAUCAAAGAUUCUUUCCCGUUAAAUGUGGGAGAAGUAAGUGAUCAUCCAUCUGUGGUACCAAGAAAGGGCGUCUCGCCAAAAAUUGUGCCGAGAAAAGGAGCAGAGCCGUAUGAACCAUUUGUUGACCUCGAUGACAACACAGAAAUGAAAUCGGAAUGCAACUGUUGUGAAACGCACAGUUCUGAACAAAACAUUGGAAACUAUACAGCAGACCCGAGAUGUGUUUCAUGUUGUAACACAACAGGCAGUAAAAAGUCAAGUACUUCAACCACAGGAUUAAAAAAUGACACUAUAGAGUUCAAAAGUACAGGUAACAGCAGUAACCAUGAUGAUUUCAAAAUUGCCAAUAAUAGCGUUAACUCUACAGAUUUCAAAAGCGAAGCAACCCUAAACGAGUCCAAUUCACGUGAUGUGUAUAGAGCUUACCCCCCUCUGAAGAAAAAGUCCAAGCCACUUGUUACUUCAGAUACUGACAUUGAAAUGAAACAACAAAAAAGUCCACAGUCUUCAAGUUCAGAGAAAAGUGACUUUGUAAUACCUGUGGUUUUGUUAAUUUUAGCAGUACCUGUAGUAGUCGUCCUAGCAAUGCUUUUUUACAGAAAAGGAACAGAAUUUUGGGAACGAAGGCAUUAUAGUAAAAUGGACUUUCUUAUUGAUGGAAUGUACAAUGAGUAAUUCAUAACCACUGCUGUUUUGGAAAAAGGAAGGUGACUGCGAUAACUGGAAUGUAUUUCAUUACCCGACAUUUUACAUAUUGUAUUAAUAUAUAUAUAUCACACAUACAUAUAUCCUGUGCCGUCCUUAAUGACCUUACUGUCACUGUGACUUUAAACCCUACAAAAAAAAAUUGUAUGUUGAAACAUAUUGUGUACCUGUCAGUUGCAGAAUGUUGUAGAUAAAGUUCUCACGACUGAACGUUUUAAAAAUUCAAACUUUGCAGCUAGACUUCUUGUGAUGUUAAAGGAAACUGAACUGGUGAUGGAACGUUGUAAAUGGCAGGUAAAUUAUAGCAGUGCUUUGGUAACGAAAAAGCUAUUUUCAGCCUUUUAUCUGGGAAAAUACUGUGGGUUACCUAGCUACAUAUUAUAUAUGUAUUCCUUUUUAAAAUCCAGUAAAACAGUAAUUUAUCUGCUGUAAUAUAAAUUAUUGUUAAAUUGGUUAACUUUCAGUAAGAGCCAUAAUAGAAAUUUGUAAAAUGUGUUUAAAUUUUAGUGUUUCAUUUUCAGAAUUAUCAUUUAUGGAUGCCAUUACAUACACUAAAAGAAUAUGUGUUUGUUUCCUAGAUUACAAUAAUUAAAAGAAAGAAAAGUCAUCUGCAUCAUCUUACCACAGCUGAAAAUUCAUUGUUCUGAAGAAUAAAAUGCCUUUGACAAUUAUACAACUAAGACCUCUAUUAUUUGCUGGAAAUUAAGCUGAUAGUCAAAAGUGUAGCCAUUGUUUGAAAAAGUUGAAGUUUGUAUUUUAGGAUUUGACACAUUUUUGAUGACAAUAAUAUAUACAUAUAGUGCGUAAUCAAUGUUGCAUGAAACGACGAGAAGAUGCAGCAAGAACAUUGCUUUGUAUCAACACUGCCUAUUCUAUAUUUAACAUUACGACUGCCACGAAGCUGCUGGCAGCCUCAGCACAGUCUUCUGCUGUAGUUGGUGGCAGCCAUAUGGUAUUCAACAUGUUAAAGAAGUAUUGCAAGAACAAAAACAUCAGUACAUGUGAGAAAUCACCCUGUACUGUUUUGUUGUAGAGCUCUUCUUUCUUGAUUACUUUCUAUUUCAAUGAUAUAGUGCUCAAGGUCUUAGCUGUAUUGUACAGUUAUGUUGUUUUACAUUUAGAGCACAUUGUUUUACUGUGGGAUCUUUUACAACCUCAGCCAAUAAAGACUAAUGUAUCCAUUAGUUUUAUUACAUCUGUUCUAUCAAGACAAAAACACUCAGUCGAGAACUGUUUUACUGAAUUUUGCAGUUCACAAAUUGUUAUACACAGACCAACUUUUUGAGUUGCUCUGCUGGUGGUUACAGAGAAAAUUUAAAAUAAAUUACAGAUACCAACUUCUCAGAAUGAGACUAAACAUGCAGCCAAAUACAUGUUCCAUGUUUAUUGCCAUAGUCACUCAAACAUAGUAAAACUAACAGGACUACUGUCAUUAGGAAUCUGAAAUGCUUUUGAGCUAAUGAAACCACUUGUUCAUGAAAGCAUGUGUUUUUCAGUUGUAUAUGAGAAUGAAUAUGCUUUUAUGAUCAGAAAGAAGUUGUUAUAUUUAUUAAACAUAUUGACUGCCGCAUUCAUACUGAUGAAUGUUUCACCGCCAGGCCUCGGCGGCAGGCUUUAGUUCUACUGUGGAUGGUGGCAAGUGCAUGGUGUCAGGUAGAAAGACCUUCUGUGGCCUUGUGACAGUCGUCAUGUUAAAGUAGACUCUGAAACAAGAUCUUUUAUUUAUUUUGAAUCCUCACCAAUCAAUAAGAAGGUUGUUAACCCCCUAACUUACUGCUUCCUCUUUAAAAUGUUAAAAAUGUUUCCAAACUUGUGCUGGUGAAUUGUAAGUCAUGCAAUUGAUGUAAUAUGUAGCAAUGUAAAUGGGCAUGAACUUUUUGUUAUAUCAGUUGGGCAUAUUUCAUUUAAUAUUCAAAACCCUCAUGAUUAUUAAAUUUUCAGCUAUUGUUUAGCUAAAAAAAGGGGGAUUUUAAUGUGCCCUCAGUUUUUAAGAUUUCCUGACAGAAAACGUGGAUGAAUGUAAGAAAACUCGGAAAAGUUUGUUAUGUGAAAUGUUUGAAUGAGGUGUAUAAUCUGCUUUAGAAAACACAUGUAUCAUCAGAUGGUACUCACAGUAACAUAAAAACAGGGUAAAUCUGCCAUAGCGCAAACUAUUUGUACCCAUAUUCUUAAAAAGUAUGUUGUAAGGUUAGCAGGCAGUGCUGUACAUUCUGAGAUCAAGUGAGUUAUUCUGACAACUUUAACUGUACAGAACAUCUAUGUAUUUUGUUAAUAAAUGGAAAACAUAAUGCGCCUUGUACUGGAACAGAGUUGUGUUUGGGUUAAUUAGUUUUAUAGUGUUUUCUCAAGUAUUUAGAGCUUGUAAGGUGUUGCUGCAUUAAUAAGCUGGAGCCAGUCAUAUACCUAUGAGCACAGUUGAAAACAUGUUUUUGUUUCAAAAACUUUUGAACUGUUAUUGGGUAAUCUGCAUAUAGCAAAACUUUUAAGCAGUUAACCAAGGGUGUCUGUAUCUAUAGGUAUUUCCUAUUCUAAGAAAUUGGACUAUUCAGAAACUGAAAUAACUCACUAAUGUCUUAAUCCUUCUAUUCAUUACUCAAAAGUCCAACAACAAGGAAAGUGACAAUCUGUUUGCUUAUAUACUAAUAAAAUUCAAGUCUGUGAUUAAUUUGCCUGAUUUGUUUCCAGUUAUUUUCCUUUCCUUAUUAUGGUCCUUGCAUUUAACAUUUCCAUACAUACCUUGUAAAGAAGUACUUUAAUUUUAAAUGUCUGCAAUUAUGAUUGUCAGCCUUUUUGUACAGUUUUUUUUUAUUAGUACAUACUGGGACCAACAAUUAAAAUUGUCUUUACUGUAAACCUUAAUCAUCAUUGGGUGCAAGGUUUAAUAUUAUACAUGACUUUUUUAUGGUGUGUUAGUAAUGCAGUUCGUCAUUUAAGUUACCGCCAAGCUUGCUUGUGUCAAUGAUACAAUUUGUGUGAAUCCGAGGCCACUGAAAUUAUGUAUCAGUGUAACAACUCUACAAGAUGUUAGAUACUGAAAAAGUCUCUGCAUGAGGGCACAGAUAAUGAACAUAUCCUAUUGUACAAAUCUUGCUGUUCUCAUAGCCCUUGUAUGACUAUAAUGUAGCUCAUUCAAGAGCUGUAUAAACAUGAUCCGUAGGUUAUAUAAAAUUUGAAUAGAUUGUGUGAUGGGUAUCUCAAUGGUUGGAGGUUAUAUAAAAUUUGAAUAGAUUGUUUGAUGGGUAUAUCAGUGUUUUGUUGCUGCAAGGUAGUAGCACUAUGUAUGAAUUCACAUUUACAGCUUGCUGGUAUUGCUAUGAUUGAUCUUUAGCUUUUAAUAUUUCUUAAAAUUGGGGGGGGGGGGGGGGGGGGAGAUAAUGACGAAACGAGUGUGGCAUCACGUGAUGUGCACUAUAACACAGAAUUCAGUUGGAGUGGCCUUCAAAAGGCUGGAAAUAAUGUAGUGUCAGAAAUUACACGUUAAUGAUAAAGACUGCCAUAUUCAAAUGUAAUCUGCAAUACUUGUAUCUAGUUUUGCAAAUCAGUAACAUCUUGUUUAAUACUGUAAUAAAGGUUGGCAGUUUUAGCAUUAGAUUUGUUAGCUCGCAUAAAUAAUUUCUACGUAUUUUUGUAUUGUAUAUAUGUCAAUAAUUUUUUAUUGUUUUCUAAUGUAAUGUGAUUGUAAAUAAUGCCUUGAGUAAAUCUUGCGAAGAAAAUUAUAAAA